AUGAAGGUUAUACUAUGGAAUUGCCGCGGCGCGGGGAAGCCUUCCUUCGCCCCAGCUUUCCGUAGGAUUGUGCAGCAGCAUAGUCCGGAUGUAUGUGUGUUGUUUGAGACCCGAUUAUCGGGAAGGAGCCUACAGAAGGCUAGGAGAGCAGUACCCCGGAUGUGGGGAUUUUAUGCAGUAGAAUCUCAGGGAUUGUCGGGCGGCAUCAUUGUCACUUGGUUGCAGGGCUCUUGCAGGUUGGAUGUCUUCCAUGUAUGUACCCAGGAGGUGGUAGUGGUGAUCUCGGAGGGUAGCGGAGUGUCAUGGGUUCUUGCUGCGGUGUAUGCUAGCACUGAUUUCAGGGAGAGACGGAUAUUGUGGGAGGAAGCGUCUCAGUUGAUUAAUCAGGGGUUACCUAUGUUGGUGGCUGGUGACUUCAACUGUAUUGUUGAUCCUCAGGAGAAGAGGGAGGGAGGCCCUUCUUAUAUGAGAGGAAGGUUUACAUGGUGCAACAAUCAGCAGGGCCAGGCUAGAGUAUGGGAGCGACUUGAUAGAGCCUGUGCUACCGCUGGGUGGGUUCAGUGCUUUCCUGAUCACCAUGUGAGCCACUUGCCCAGGAUUGCGUCGGAUCAUUGCCCGCUACUGGUGAGUACAGAGACUUACAUUCCAGUUCGUCAUCCUUUUAGAUUUGAGAAAAUAUGGCUCUGUUAUUCGAGAUCAUGGGAGAUGGUGAGGGAGGCUUGGAGUGCACCAGUUAGAGGAGAUGCUAUGUAUCGGGUGUCUCGUAGAUUGGAGCUGACGAGGAGGCGACUAAGGAGGUGGAAUCGAGAGGAGGUGGGAGAUAUUUUCAGGAGGAUUGAGGAGUCGGAGGAGGCCAUCGCUGGGUUACAGGCUCGGGAGGAUCAAAGGGGUGGGCUAGAGGAUGUGGAGAUGGGGGAGCUCAGAUCAUUAUUGGCAUUGCAUGAUGGGCUCCUUAGACAGCAGGAGACAUUUUGGAGACAGAAAUCGAGAGUACAGUGGAUUAUGGAGGGGGACAGAAACACUAGAUUUUUUCACCAGGCGACAGUUAUCAGAAGGCACCAGAACAGAAUUAGAGUUAUCCGGGAUGAGGAGGGGCAGCUGUCGGAGGAUCCGGAGGUGAUUUAG